UUAAGACUCAAAUUAGUUUUUUCCAAGAAGAAAAAAACCUGCAAAUGAGUUGAACCAGUUAGAAGUAGCAUGUGAGUGCGCCAUCCGUUGUUAACUACUUAUAAGAAGAAUACAGAGCAAAUGGAUAUCAAAAUAAAGUUUUCACACACUCUUCUAAACACCUUGAGCUUUGCAGAAGAUUCCGAAUGCUAACUGCCUGUGAACCUCUUAUUGAAAUAUUCAAGUUUUGAAGUAAAUCAAUGCUUAGAGGAAUCUGCUAUUUCCAAAUUUAAGCCGUUCUGUGUCUUCUUUGUAGAUCCAUAUAGUAGUUGCAGUGUCAAUGGUUCAUACAUCGCGUACUUAUCAAAAUGGUAGUAUUAAAAGUAGCAAAUAAAGAAAGAAGUUACUGGUCACCAUCGGAAAAAAACAGUUGAGUUUUAAGCUAGAUAAUGAGAGAGAAUGGUUUAGAAAAACUAGUGAUCGAAGGGAAAAUCUUAGGGAAACAGCAAAGAGGAAGGCAGAGGCUGACUUUCCUUGAGGGCCUGGCGAUGGCUGCUGGGUGCAAAGUGUUGGACAUGUUGAGAUGUGCUGGUUGAGAUCGGGCUGGUCCACCAGACUUUCGAGCCAAUUUGACUAUGAGCCCAACCGAGAAAAAGCCUGCCAAACUAUGAGCCCGCCCAACGAUUAUCAGCCCACUCAUAAAUGGUACUGUAAGAAUUGCAUUAAGACCCCGUUUACACCACAGAAAAAGGAACGGAACUCUUUGGUUUCGUGCCUGAAAAAGCGACGAUAGGCCCUGCGUUUACCCUAGGCAUCUUGGUUCCGUGCUGGUUUGGGAACGGCACCGUUCUUCUUUGGUUUCGCUAUAAUGCACAACUCUUUGUUUCCGUUCCCAAAUCGUGCUUGUUUUCUCUAAUGUAAACGGUAAGGAACGAAACUUUUUGGUUACGAUUGAAAACGGGGCAUAAUCCAGGGCUGGGACGAGGCUUUCUUAAAAUGUCAGAGGUCAUUGCCGCGAAUUCUAACUCAAUUCUAACGGAAUCAAAGGAUUAUUGCGAACAUUGGGUUGACUUUGUUCCUAAAAUUUUGCCCCAGCAUUCUUCUUCCCGUAAUUUAGCCAGCUUCCACACAGGAAAUGUGGAAUAAAAGCUUAUUUUUGUGCAUGAAUUCUUUAAGGUACUUCAUCUCAAACUGGGAAAAUUUCUAUAUUUUAAUGUUAAUUUUUCCAUUUCAUAAACAUGCUUUUAAAUUCCAGUUGAGAAAUUAAGAGCUCUGCGUGAACAAUCCCUAAACAGUACUUUAGUUGGUUUUACUCCAUAUAAAUACCAAUCUACGCAAUAAUAUAUGACAGCAAAGGCGGAAGAAUGUUGCCCUCUUAAACAUUAAAUAUCCCUGUUCAUUUCUUGCACUUGCAAGAGAUACUAAUUUUAUGACUGGUUUAUUUUCUUGCCGUAAUGGAAGACACUCACAUAUCCUUUAAAUAACAUUUGUCUGAUUAAUACAGGCAAAUGUUGGUUAAAAAAUUAUGCAAUAUCUUGGAAAUCGUUAGGGUAAAAACGUGGUGUUCGUUCCUAAUCUUCUUUAUUUUUUAUUUCCGAAAUCUUCUUAAAACUCAUGAAAUCUUCCUGAACGUUCUUAAACGAAAAGCUGUCAACCACUUCUUUUCACUUAUUGAUGUGGUUAAAGAUAGUAUGACUUCAUUUAUACCCCCUUAAAAUUAGGGAUAUAGCUCCAGGGUGUUCGAAGUCAAAUGGGCAUGAAAACUGAAUUAUUGAUAGACUUCUGCAUAAAUGAGAGCGCUCUUCAGAUUGCUGGCAGAACAAAAUUACAGACAGCAAGCCGACGGAUACACAGAAACAUAAUACAAAAGCAAGUUGGCCAAAUAUUUAGUAAAUAAAGUACCUUUUAAAAGAGAAUAUUAUCAACCAAAUGAUUGCUUGGUAUAUCAGAGAUCACUGCAUAGUAAAUUACAAUUCAAAAUUUUGUCAGACCGCAGGUGAGCAAGAAAGAUAUUAGAUCGGUAGGAAGGUGCGAAAAAUAUGUGCUAGUGGCUGAAAAUGUAAGGUUGUUAACAUCACGAAGAGCAGAGUAAUGAGAUUCUAUAGCCAUUUCAUUCUUCAAGUUGGCUGGUUUAUUUCAUACAAUUAUCUACUCCUAGUGAUGUAGACCGGACGAGGCAGCUGGAAAUAUCAAACAAGUGAGAGCGUGAUAUCCAUCUCAGAGGUUAUGGGGUCGAAUGACGCGAACGGAAACCUGUGUGCCUGGGACCACGUUCAAAGCACCGCACCAAUCAAAUUAAAUUCAAUAAUUUUACUUUCUUUAGAUUUCGGGCCUCUGCUUUUGACUAUCAUUGGAAACUUAGUGUUCAUAAUAACGUUAAUACGAACAAGAAGCCUGCACGUUCCAGCAAAUGUCUUCCUUGGAGCCUUGUGCAUCAGCGAUUUGUUGGUAGGGGUAAUAGUUCAGCCUAUAUUUGUCUUUUACAACGGUCUAUUGAUUACAACGAUGGAUUCGGUUACUACGCGGCAACUGACAAGGUACACCAUCGCCAUUGGAACAGGGUUUUCUUUCGUCUUCGCCUCUUUCGUCACAGCGGAUCGAUAUUUCGCAAUCUGCCAUCCAUUCGCUUAUCGCAAAUGGGUCUCCUGCAAAAGUUACAUCUACGCCGCAAUUGUUGCUAGCAUCAGUUACGCAUUGGUCGUUGCGGUGUGCCUGUCAACCCAGCACUACUUCCUAGAAAUGCUAGUAAUGAUCUACGGCUUUUGCACAUUGGUUGCCACGGCUGCGGCCUAUACAAGAAUUUACUCCGUUAUUAUAAGCAAAAGACGCACCCAACCCAACAUCGGCACGCUAAGCAAUGAAGAGAGAACUAGGAUACGAAACCAAGCAAAGGAGAAAGACAAAACACUAGUGAUCGGUAUCAUUCUCCUCUUGCUUUAUCUCUGUUACAUACCUAUGUUUACGACGGCCACAAUGGCAAUUAUCAGGCGAAACGAAUUCUGCGCACACCGCGAAAAAACAACGAUAAUUUCACUAGAUGUGAUUUUCUUGGUCCUUACAAACAGCUGUCUGAAUCCACUUGUUUACUUUGUCAGAUGCAGUGAAAUGCGUAAAUCUGCAAUAAAUAUCUUACGGAAACGAAGAAUAAAUCCAUUACCAGGGUAAUAAGGGACGCAUUGAGAAACACUGAAGCGGCGAGCAACCCGGCCUUCACACCAAUGGAGUAAAAGUAAUGCUGCUGAUGUUGCGCGUUGAAGUGGCACAAAAUAACAAUGAUGAUGUCAUCAGAUCCUGGUUAUUUCGGGGAUGGGGAUAACAGAGCAUGGUAAUUAUCAUAAUAAUAGUUAUCUUUUACUGUAUAUCGAAAUAACCAUCAUGAGAUAGCAUAGGUUUCUUCAAUAGCUUAUUUUCUUACAGAAUAGAAAUGUCACAAGACAAGAUCCUUGAGUAACACUGCUUAGCAGUGUGACAGACAUCAGAUAAGCAACAGUGACUUACCAAGUGUACAGCAUAAUCGUGCU